UAUCUUCAGACAAAGAAAUAUUGUUGAAAAGUCAACUUACUUCCACACACCACAUAUUUCUCUCCCGCCUUCCCCACCCCCACCCGCCGAUCGUUCCUCCUACUUGUCCACUUUGCCCUCCGACAGUGGUUACAUUACAUACAGACAUCUAUACUCAAGAGAAUCUCGUAACUAAUCACAAGCUCUCUGUCCCUUUCAAAAUAUGGCUAAUCUCUACACGUUAGCCUCCGCCACUCGACUCUCCGUUUCGCUUCCUAAUCCUCACGUCCUCCCCACGCGUCGCCGUUUUCAUCUGCCGUCAGCAACUCUUGCCUCAUCCUCUCCAGAGUCAUCGGCAUCAUCCACCCCUAGUUCGAUCCCCGUUGUCAACGGAAACACGUUGUCAAGUUCUUAUGGAACUCGAGAUAAGGUUGUUGUGGAUGAUAACAGCCUCUUUGCUCGCUUCUUUCGCUCCACCGAAUCCACCGUCGAGAAGAUCAUAUUCGAUUUUCGGUUCCUGGCACUCUUGGCAGUAGGUGGUUCUUUGGCUGGUUCGCUACUCUGCUUCCUCAAUGGGUGCGUCUAUGUCAUGGAAGCAUAUAAAGUCUACUGGACAAACUGUGUCAAAGGCAUCCACAAGGGCCAAAUGGUUUUACACCUCGUCGAAGCUAUUGAUGUUUAUCUGGCUGGGACUGUUAUGCUAAUAUUUAGCAUGGGUUUGUAUGGACUCUUCAUCAGCAACUCCCCUUCUGAUAUCCCUCCUGAAUCCGAUCGUGCCCUUAAAGCCUCUUCUCUAUUCGGAAUGUUUGCCAUGAAGGAGAGACCGAAAUGGAUGAAGAUCAGCUCGCUUGAUGAGCUCAAAACCAAAGUUGGACAUGUUAUUGUCAUGAUCCUUCUAGUGAAGAUGUUCGAAAGAAGCAAGAUGGUUACCAUCGCCACUGGACUAGACUUGCUAAGCUAUUCCGUUUGUAUUUUCUUGUCAUCUGCUUCUCUCUAUAUCCUCCAUAACCUCCACAAAGGAGAGCACUGAGUGUAUCUUCUCCAUUUGUACAGAACCAAAUCCAAUAUAAGUUCAAGCUUAUGUGCCGUGUCAAAUAAUUUUAUGUUCUAUUCAAAAAAUAUUAACAGUAUAUUUAACUAUGUAAUGAAAUUAUUUUAUUAUUUUUAUCUAUAUAUGUUUGAUGUU